AUGGCAAAGGUGUGGAGGAAGAGGAAAGCGCCGGCAUCCAUUCCGGGGAGGUGCCGCCGACCGCCGUCGACACGGGCGGUGGCGGGCGUGACGGUCCUGGAAGCCGACGCCCUCGAGUGUGGCGUGUGCUGCCUCCCGCUGAGCCCGCCUAUCUUCCAGUGCCAGGUCGGGCACGUGGUGUGCUUCCGGUGCCGCUACAAGCUGUGGCUGACGGGGGCGGGAAAGUGCCACGUCUGCGGCGUCGCCGUCGCCGCCUAUCGGCGCUGCCGCGCCAUGGAGCGCCUGGUGGCGUCCAUCCGCGUCGCGUGCCCGCACGCCGCCCACGGCUGCACCUUCCUACCGGCCUACCACGACCUUGACGCGCACCGCCUGGUGUGCCGGCACGCGCCGUGCCACUGCCCCGGAGACGCAUGCGGCUUCGUCGGCUCGGCGGCCGCGCUCCUGGACCACUUCGCCGCGGCGCAUAACUGGCCGUGCACCACCAACGUCCGCGCCGGCGAGAUGGUCAGCGCCCACCUCCGCGACGGCUUCACCUUCCUCCGCGUCCAUCACCACCGCCGCGGCAGCGCCACCUUCUCCGACCACCUGAUCAUGCUGAACGUCACUCGGGAGCCGCUCGGCCGCGCCAUCUCCGUGCUCUGCAUACGUCCCCACGCCGCCGAGCAGCCGGCGAUGCAAUGCGAGCUCCUGUUCGUCUCGAGGUUCGGCUACAAUGGCGACGGGGACAUGUGCCGCAGCCACUACCAGAAGUCCGAGUUCCACAUAGGGUGCACCGACCUCGCCGAUGGGCUGCCCGACCGCAAGCAGUGCUUCCAGUUCGUGGUGCCAUGGUGUGUCCUCGAAGACGACGACCAAGGUGGCAUCCAAAUCAAGGUCCGUAUUACCAUCAACUAG